GAAACAGACGAAUGGGCUGAGCUAACAGGGGAAUGUGAGUGGCCGGCGGGCCACCCACUGCCCCUGCCGUCGUGGGGCAACACGAGACCGGCGUUGGAGGUGGAGAGCGUGGAGCGCUAUGAGGAGCUGGCGUCGCACGUCGAGCUGGCGGUGCAGCAACUGCUGCAGGUCCACCACUACAACAGCGUGGGCAACCUCAUCAGGUUCUACGAAGAGUUCCGCGCAAGUGGGUCGUCGGACAUGGUGAAGUUCUUCAGGAGCUACAAGCCGCCCAUCACCCCGGAGCACCACACGUGCGUCGGCCUGGCGCUGGAACUGCUGCGACGCUUGUCAACCCUGGAGGAGAAGUUCCCUGGCCUGACCAGCAGACUGUACCUUGUGUCCUGCGAGGAGCAAAUAGAUGACCUGGACUGCUACCAUCACGAGGAGGAGCCGGAUGCCAUCAACUCGAUAAAGGAGCACGUAAUGGUGGCGCUGCGUGUCACAGUGGCCGGCCGGCCGGGCUUCCUGCUGUCCGACCCAGGGUACCACAUCGCGCGCGUUGUCACCAUCAUGGCCGACGCGCUCUACCCCCACACAGGUUGGUUCACCCAGUCGGAUGAGCCGGCUUGCCGCAAGGAGUACCACUACUCCGCCUUGUCGUCGGACAACGACUACAUCGUGUGGCGGGACCGCGAGACGCGGGCGGGGCGCGAGAAGAACACCCUGGGAGUCAUCUACGUGGCGCGGCCGUACCUGACGCCCAUCGACGUGACGGAGCGCCGCAACCUGGUGUACAACCUGUGCAGCCUGCUGGCGCGCGACGCCAAGGGCCACUUGCUCGCAGGAGUCUACUUCAAGAUCGACCACUGGCCGCAGGGCUCGGGCGACGCCACCUUCAACAUGAUCUACCAGGUGGACGGCGAGACGCGCAAGGCCAAGAUCCCCUUCGCGGUGUUCCUGGGGGGGCGGGCACCCCCCGGCGACACCGCGGCGCUGGUCGCCAAGUGCUGCAGGCAACUGGGCUGGCCCGAGGGCCGGCUGGAGGCCACGCUGGCCAGUGUAGCCAACCUGCUGGCAGACGACGGCUUCCGCACCCAGUUGCUGGACUUGAACCAGGAGAUAGAGGCAGCGUGCGACGACGAAUAGGCGCCUUCCCCUUCUCUUGUUAGUACUACACUACUUUAGUUUGCAUUGCCAUCGUUCACAGCUUGCGAUUUCCCACUCAAUAUGUUUUUGUUGUUAUGUAAUGCUUUUUCAGUAGCUUGUUGCUAAGAGUUCUCAAAAUAUUUAUAUAUCUCAAUUGAUUAAAAUUUUGAUAUAAUUUAGGUGAGGGCUUUAAAGUUUAUGUAUCUUAUUGACUUUGUGCAUUUUGUUGUAUUUACACUUCCUUUGUGGGCUGUUCACUUGCUUCAUUCUGCAGCUCUAGCCUUCAAACCAGUUGCUGACUGAUGUGCAAGUAUGAUGGAAAUAAAGGUGACAAAGAAAAUGAA